GAGAUGCAACAAUGGCCUUGAGAACAGCAGGAAGUGUGUUGGGGGUCUUUCUCUGGUCUGUAGCAGUGGUACUGGGUCAGGAUAUCUGGAGUGUGAUGUACACCACUCAGAGUAUCUGUACCUUGAAGGGGUCAACAGUGGAGCUGUCCUGCUCUUACACAUAUCCCAGAGGUCAUACAGUCACAACAACCUACUGGUUCACAAAGUAUAAUGCUAUUGGUCCUGUAAGUCUGAGUGAUGACCCAGACUACAAAGGACGUGUGACGUACCGUGAGGAUGAAGAGAAUGGUCACACCCUGACAAUCACAGACCUGAGAGAGAGUGACUCAGCUACGUACAAAUUCAGAUUUACAGAUCAGACUGGAACAUGGAGAUAUGCUGGUGAUCCUGGAGUCACUCUGUCUGUCACAGGUCUUCAGGUGAAGGUGAUUGGUGGACAUCAGGAUAAGACACUGACCUGUAGCACCACCUGUACUCUGACUGACAACCCCACCUACAUCUGGUACAAGAACGGACAACAUCUAGAUGAGAGCACCUCCCCCCAGUACAAAGACCCAGUCUCCAGUAACUAUGGAGACAGUUACUCCUGUGCUGUAAAAGGCCAUGAGGAUCUCCUCUCUCCUGCAGUGGGUGUCCAGGGUCAGGACUGCAACAGAGUGACUUACACCAAGAGGACAAUCUGUGCCUUGAAGGGGUCAACAGUGGACAUAUCCUGUACUUAUUUCAGUGGUUAUGAUACAGUCAAAUCAACACUCUGGUUUAGUCCUAAACAGAGUUCCAGCUGGAGGGAUGAGUUGAUCCCUGAGGACCUAACCACAGACCCAGGGUAUGCAGGUCGUGUGGAGUAUGUUGGAGAGAAGGAGAGAGGUCGCUCCACCCUGAGAAUCACAGAUCUGAGAGAGGAGGACUCUGCUGAGUACAAGUUCAUAUUCAACACACAGACAUCAAGAUGGGGACACAGUUUCCCUGGAACAACUCUGACUGUCACAGACCUGCAGGUGAAUGUGAGUCCUGCCACAGAGGCAGGGAAGAGGACACUGACCUGUAUCACCACCUGUACUCUGACUGACAACCCCACCUACAUCUGGUACAAGAACGGACACAAAGUAAAGGAGGACACUUCCAGCCUGGACUCAGACUCCUUUAGUGAUGCAGACAGUUACUCCUGUGCUGUAAAAGGCCAUGAGGAUCUCCUCUCUCCUGCAGUGUGUGUCCAGGGUCAGGACUGCAACAGAGUGACUUACACCAAGAGGACAAUCUGUGCCUUGAAGGGGUCAACAGUGGACAUAUCCUGUACUUAUUUCAGUGGUUAUGAUACAGUCAAAUCAACACUCUGGUUUAGUCCUAAACAGAGUUCCAGCUGGAGGGAUGAGUUGAUCCCUGAGGACCUAACCACAGACCCAGGGUAUGCAGGUCGUGUGGAGUAUGUUGGAGAGAAGGAGAGAGGUCGCUCCACCCUGAGAAUCACAGAUCUGAGAGAGGAGGACUCUGCUGAGUACAAGUUCAUAUUCAACACACAGACAUCAAGAUGGGGACACAACCUGCAGGUGAAUGUGAGUCCUGCCACAGAGGCAGGGAAGAGGACACUGACCUGUAUCACCACCUGUACUCUGACUGACAACCCCACCUACAUCUGGUACAAGAACGGACACAAAGUAAAGGAGGACACUUCCAGCCUGGACUCAGACUCCUUUAGUGAUGCAGACAGUUACUCCUGUGCUGUAAAAGGCCAUGAGGAUCUCCUCUCUCCUGCAAAGU